AUAAAAUCAGAAAAACCUCCCGCAAACUUUAAACAUCAUCAUCAUCACUAAGAAAAAUAAUAACAAAAAAACUUCAUCAAUUCUAUUUUCAUCUCUCAAAAAAAAAAAAACUGAUAGACCCGUUCAAUUGAAAGCCAAAGACAUUCAGUUUAUCGCCGUUCGUGUUCCGAGUAGCAACUCUGAGCGCUUCUCUAUCUGCUUUAUAUUUCUCAGUGUAAAUUUGGGAAUAAACUAUAUAUUUUUGGCCGGUUGAGAAUUUAUACGCACUUUCUUUUUUUUUCAUACAACAAACCCCCCUUGUGUGUUAAAAAAAAAUAAAACAAAAUUUAAAAUUUUGUGUGUGAAUUUUAAUUGAAAUAAAAAUUUAUAAAAAAAAUAUAUCAAAAUGAGCAAAUGUGCGUGGGUGACGUUAACAACAAACGAUGCAUACUCCCUCGGUGCCAUGGUUCUGGCACAUUCGCUUAAACGCGUCGGAACAGUCCAUGAUUUGGUUGUUAUGAUCACACCAACUGUAUCCGAAGCAAUGCGCAGCCGUCUGAGAGAUGUCUUCGAUCUAGUUCAAGAGGUCAAUGUUUUAGACUCAAAAGAUGCUGCCAAUUUGGCAAUUCUAGCACGUCCCGAACUCGGUAUCACUUUUACAAAAUUACAUUGCUGGAAACUUGUGCAAUAUCAAAAAUGUGUAUUCCUUGAUUCUGAUACACUUGUCAUUCAAAAUUCUGAUGAAUUAAUGGAACGUGAAGAAUUAUCAGCUGCACCCGAAGUAUGUUGGCCAGAUUGCUUUAAUUCUGGUGUCUUUGUGUAUCGUCCAAAUGAAGCCACUUUCAAUUCAAUUAUUGAAUUUGCAGCGAAAAAUGGCAGCUUCGAUGGCGGUGAUCAAGGCAUUUUGAAUUCAUACUUUUCACAAUGGGCACACACUGACAUCAGCAAGCAUUUGCCAUAUACAUAUAAUACAGCAGCUUUUGCUGUUUACAGUUAUUUACCAGCAUUUAAAGAAUUUAAAAAUAAAAUUAAAAUUCUUCAUUUUGCUGGAAAAAUGAAGCCAUGGUUAUUGAAUUUCAAUUCGGAAACCAAAGUCGCUCAAAUUCCUCCAAUGUUCACUCAUGCUGGUGAUUUCAUUCAAUUGUGGUGGAAUAUUUUCUGUGAUAAUGUUCAUCAAAAAUUAUCCGAUCAAAUGCUGCAUGAAAUGCGGACAUAUUGGCCAAUACAGGAAUCACAAAUAGUUCCACCAUGGGCACAAGAAAACAUUCCUAAUUUGUCGUCCUCUCCUAGUGUAUCAAAUUAUGAUAGUGGAAAUUUCUUUGAUGAUAUUCAGCCCUACCAUGAUCCUUGGGAAGAUUACUAUGAAAAUUUGGAAAAACUUAAAGAACAAAAUUUUACAAAUCACAUCAAUGAGAUUUUUAUUGAGCCUAAAUCACCAUCAUCCUCUCAACCACAACAACAUCAAAAUCAACCAGAUAAUCAAGUGUCAUAUUCUCACCAUGAUGAAACUCACCAUACUCAAGCUGCUUCACCUCCCCAAGUUAUAGAACAAUCUUCAUGUGAUCAAUACAAUCAAAUUCAACAAAAUUGGUCACAAAAUAUUGACAAACAACAAGAACAAGUUGAAACGUAUUGGCAUGAUGCUGAUCCACAAUCAAGUAGAUUUCAAACUAUAAAUACCGAUGGCAGCGACACUCACCGUACACUAACAGAAAGUGAAUUAAAUCAAUCGUUGAAUGAAGCUCUGUUGGAUGAGGAAGAAAAUCAAUAUAAUUUAGAUUCAAGUGCAAUAACAGUAUCGAGUGAUAGUAGUGAUGAUUAUGAGGAUUCACUUGAUGUCUCACCACAAAAUGAUUCAAAUAAAAUGCCCAUAGCAAAUGAGGCUGGCCUAGCUGGUGCUUUAGCACAAGUUCGUUUGGGUGAACCACGUUCCACCGAACAAGAAGCUUAUGAAGCUUCAAUGAGACGCCAAUGCUGGGAAGUUGGAAAUAUUGACUACACAGGCCGUGACUCGUUCGACAAUAUCUGGAAGAAAAUCACAGAAACUCUAGAAACGAAACCUGAUGGCAAAUCUGCUGAUGACGAAAAUGCUUCAAUAACUUCAAUAACACCACCUGAAAUUGAAAUUAAACAAACAGCUACGAAGCUUUUAACAUCUAAUUUACCAACUCCAAGUCCUGCUAAAUCAACUACUAUUACUACUAACAAACAAGCCCCACAACCGCCAGCAAGGCAAAGAUCCAAAAAAUCCAAAUAGCAAUUAAUAGUUAACAAAUGCUAUGAAUUUUUCAAUAAAUUAGCUUAUAAGUUAAAAA